AUGGCUGAAGAGGAGCAUGAUUUCGAGUUUCACUCGACCGAUGCUGGUGCUUCGGCCACGUAUCCCAGUGAAGCUGGUCAGAUCCGCAAAGGCGGCUUUAUCAUGAUCAAGGGCCACCCAUGCAAAGUGGUGAAUGUGUCGACCUCAAAGACGGGCAAACACGGCCACGCCAAGUGCAAUUUUACAGCUCUCGACAUCUUUACGAACAAGAAGUACGAGGACAUUGUGCCUUCUACCCACACCACGUCGGUCCCCUUUGUGUCUCGUGCUGAAUACACGCUGCUCGACAUUACGGACGAUGACUUCUGCUCGCUCAUGGACGACUCUGGUGACACCCGUGAGGACAUCAAGUUGCCGACUUUCCCGGACACGUUCGCUGACGAGAUUCGUGCGGACUUUGAUGACGGCAAGCAGCUGGUGCUUACGGUCCUGAAGGCCUGUGGCACUGAGCAGAUUAUUGCCAAGAAAGAGGACCUGUCGUAA